ACAGAGCAGAGAGCAGCAGAGGUCUGUCUUGAGUUUGACACGCUGGUGCGGGACAGCGGAAGCGCUCUAUAUGAAGUGAUGAGCACGCUGCUGUGAUCACUGUGAUACUGUACACUGUAGUGUGACUCAAUGAGAGCGUCACAGCUCAUGACUGUGAUCAUAAACCGGACUGAAGACUAACGAGCCUGCUUGCAUUGAGCUGCAGAUGAUGGACAGAGACUCGGCCGUCCUUCAGGGGGCUUUCCUCCUGGCUGAUCAGCUGUGUCUCCCCUCCUCCCUGUCCUCCCUUCAGAAAGCUGACUGGAGCAGGGUGGGACGUCCAGUCCUGGAGGCACUUGGAGAAAUCUGUAGACUCGGUGCACACCCCACGACGACAACUAUCAGCUGGACGAAGAAAGUCAUUUGCGUUGUGUGGCUGAAGCUGCUGUGCAGGGAGACUGGAGAGGACCUGGAGACGGGCUGGAGGGAGAACCCCUUUUUCCCCCUCCAGAACGGCCUCCCUGACGUCAACUCCGCCGUCCUGCUGGAAGUGGUGAAGUCGACGGCGGCCGCUCAGACGUUUGCCCAUUUCCUCUUGUGUCUUCCUCAGUCUCAGAUCUGUGCCGAGCUCGAGAGGCUGGUGCAGCACGUGAGGAGCAGCUCCACCGCAGAGGACGAUGUCCGGCUUCUCCUGGAGGUGUGGUGGGAGCUGUGGAAAGGCAGAGAUGAGCAGAAAGCCGGAGAAGGGGAGAGCAUAGAGGCGAUGUUUGCUCGACAAUACACUCGUCUCCAGUCUUCCAGUGUCCCCCCACAGGCUGCCAAGAGGUUAAAACUGGACCCAUCAGAACUGAAGGCAUCGUCUCCAACCUCAGAUGUCCUGCACAUUCUGCUUCAUGCACUGAAAGACAUUAAAGAUCACAUAACUACAACAGAGCUUUGUCUGCAGGCCCUCUCGGUUUCUCUUGAUGCUCUUUACACAUCUUGCCUGAUAGACCAGGCAGUCGCACUUCCACCCAAAGAGAAGAUCCGCGUCCUGUCUGUAAUUGUCAGUAUCAGAGAAAGGAACAACGAGAAACUGAGUCCUGAACUUAUUCAGGAGGCCGUGAGAGACCUGCACGCUUCUCACACACCAUCUCAGUUUCGAUACAGCAGGAUGAAGCUUGGCGAAGCCUUGAAAAAUAUAACGGAACUGGCUCGGUUUUGGCAAAGCAGCGAGCUCCUCAAAGUGUGUGACAGCACUAAUCCGAGCUACUCAGCAUUCAGACUGGAACAGAGUGUCCGUAGAGUCCUUGCAGCUCUACAGAAAGUGCCUGAAGCUAUGACUGAAACAGACGAUCAAGAGGCUGAGAAGGACACGCUGAGAGGUUUGCUAGAGUCACUGGCUCUCCCUGUCACAGAGAGCACCCCAGAGGUGAGCGCGAGUGUCACCGCGAUCAUCAUCAGCCACCGCCUGGACGACUAUCAGAACUUUGCGGCGUUAUUUGCCAGCGAGGAAAGCUGGGCUGCCUGCGAACAGCACUGGAUGGACUGCCUGGAAAAGAACCAAGCAGCCUUCCAGCAGUGCGACACGCUCAUCAGACUGACCUCCACCCUCAUGCGUAAACUCCAGAGCGAGAGCGCCAACGUGAGCCACUGCAAGAAGCUGAUGAAAGUCAUCACAGACAUUUUCUCUGCACUUUCUUUAAAAGACAAGAACACAGCGUUGGCUGCUAUGUUAAGGCUCUCCAUAAGGGGGUUCUUCGGACGCUGCGUCCCCUCUGCUGUGACUGAAGGGUUCGAACAGGAGCUCAGCAUGGCCUUCAACUGCAUCAUCCAAGGACGGGGUGGAGCGUCAGCAGCGGCGCUGCAGGGCAAUCUGAACACGGCGGCUUCUUUGGUGGCGAGAGUUGCGUUUCAGAACCCGGAGGCCGCUCUGAGGUCUUGCUGUCAUUCAGCUAUUUUCAACAAAGGUGCCUUCUCUCUCAUGGCGAAGAUCCUGCAGCAGCUGCCUGGACUCAGGGGCGAAGAGGAAAGUAUAGAUGAAGGAAAUGAUGCUCUGAGUGGUGGUAGUCUGCUCUGCAGGUGUCUACAGGAGAUCAUCAACACCAAAGCACUGUCGGCCAAUGAAAAAGAGCAGUUCCUCAAGUACGUGGGUCUGCUGAUGAGGCCUGUCAUGACAGGCGAGGUAGAAGGAAGAAGGCGAAGCUUUCUGCCACCUCAGGAGGUCGUGAACAUCUUUGUCCUGCCGAAUCUCUCCACCACGGGUCAAAGCUCCUUCGACAUAGAGCUGAGUCUGCAGCUCCUCCACACUGCUCUGUCUGUGGACGUCCAGGAACCAGACGGGUCGCCUCACUGGGUGUUGGACUGCUCUCCCUUUCCCCUCCUCUAUGUCCUGGCUCAGUUCCACAGCCAGACUCUCAGUUGUUGGGAGCAGCCACCAGAUGGUGCUGUCUAUCACUGGUCAAUGGACCUGAAGGAGCUGCUGGUGUCUGUGCUGACCACCCUGGGGAACGUGGUGGGUGCAGAGGUGGCGGCGGUCCCCAGCAGCUGGUCCAGAGCUCUGUUCUGGCUUUACAAGAAAAUGGAGGAUCUGGACUGGACCGUUCGUUUCCACCUGAAGGCUGUUUGGGGGGAACACUUUAAAAACGAGGUUCCCUCGUCCCUGCUGGCUGUGUGUGAUCUACCUGAGCAGGAGUGGUCCAGUUUGGACCUGCCUCAGUAUGGUCAGGGUACAGGUCUUCUGGCCUGGAUGGAGUGUUGUUCCAUAUCCGACUCCCUGCAGUCCACCAUGCUGUCCCGUCUCUCUCUGGAUCAGCGUCAGCUCGACCACGUCAGUAUGUUCAGCAAAGGCCUGCUGGUGGCUCUGGCCCAGAUCCUGCCCUGGUGCUCCAUCUCCCAGUGGACCAGGCUGCUGAGAGCCCUGAGGGAGCUGAUCACCUCAGGCCGCCUCCAUGUGCCCUUCUCACUCGAGUAUGUGGACUACCUGCCCCUGCUGGAUCUAAGGAGGUUUUCAUGUGAGCUCCGCCUGUCUGUCCUCCUGCUUCGAGUCCUUCAGCUGCUCUGCGGGUCCAGCUGCUCCGACUGGCUGUCUGCGGACGGCUGGGCACACGUCGGCAGGUUAUAUUCCCACGCUGUGAGGGAGAUGAUAAACUCAGUAAGAGACAAGCUGCCUCUUCCUUCAUCCGGUGCUUUAACGUCUCCUAAAACACCAGCGUCUAAAGACUCUGACCCAUCGUGCACUUCCAUCACAUCUCCUAAAAUGUCCAAAGACUCUCAAAAAGACCUGAAUCAAGCAGACGGCUCACAGGUGGAGGAGGAGGUGGGGACAGUUCCCAGCCAGGAAGUCCUUUUUGUGCUCAGCCAGCUCUUUUGCCAUGUUCAGCACAUUCAGGUGAUGAUGCCAGGAGGUCAGUGUGAACCACUCUUCCUGUCCAGUCUGGAGAUCCUCAGCCACUACGAGGCCAUCAUGGCCGCUUUCCCCGACAGCAGCAGCCCGCUGGAGAGCGACAACACCCGGCACUUCUUCUCCACCAUCACAGACAACCUGCAGAGCCAGGAGAUGAAGUCUGUGCUGCAGCAGAAGAUUGCUCAGCUCGUGUCAAAGGCAGCCUGAGUAACGCUGUAUUAACAGUGCUGAUACAAUAAGGACAUCACUUCAGUUGUCAGGAUCAUACGCUGUACUUAGCUGAUUUAGUGAUGGGUAAUGAGAGUGAAUAAAAAUCAGAUAUUUCACAGCA